CAAAACAUUUCAAAAUCGAACAAAUAUAUAUACUUAAAGGGUACGUAGAAGAGGAGAGUGCGGCUAUGGAGAGGAAAGGUGGCAGCAUGGUGGCGAUUCUGAUGGUGGCGAUGGUAGCAAAUUGUGUCUCUGGUCAGAGUUUAUAUGCUUGCUGGGGAGGAUGCUACAAUCAGUGUUUCCUCAGCAGUGGUGGAGUUCAACCACAAAGGUUUCCAUGCUAUUAUCAGUGUUUAAAUUCCUGUGUUCCUCGUUCGGCAGCAGACAAUCAGUACUAUUGCCAGAUUGGUUGUUCACUGGAACUCUGCAAUCCUGCCAGUUACGACGGUGCAGCAAUGGACAGAUGCUUUGGUAGCUGCUCAAACCUCUGCAACGUUUAGGUUUUCAAGCUAUGAUGCACGAGAUAUUCGACUAGAAAUAUUCUUAUUAUUGCUUUGAGAUGUAUUCAAGAGGAUCCAGCUCCACUUUGUUCAACUUUCACAUCCUUAUACAGCAUAAAAAUUUAAAAAAAAAAUAAAAAAUCUGUAUUUUCUCCUAUUUUCAGGUGUCAAACUUAUUUCUGUACCUUGGUGCUUUUUCAAGCACUAGUCGUUGAACGCGUGCUGUACGAAUGUUGUAUUUAUUGUAUUUUUAUCAGUGUAGAAAUUGUAGAUGCUAAAGAAAAAAAAAGUUGUUGAAGAUUUAUUGCAUUA